AGCUGUUAACAAACAAAAUAUCAAAGUGAUAUUUCAUUAAAUUGAUGAUAUAAAAGGCGUAUAAAAAACAGACUUCUCAAAAUCUAAAUGUCCGUCUUUAGUCUGUUCUCUGCAUUACUUCGUUGUUGUUAGUGUUAGUGCUAUUAAUCAUUACCAUUUUUAUUGAACUGCCUACCUACUUCAAAUUUGUUUUUAUUCAUAAGCAUACAUUUUAAAAUUUAUAUAAUAAAUGCAUAUAACAUCACAUACUUAAAACUAUGGAUGUAGAUGAUAAUUUCCCAGCAGCUAAGCGCAUCAUUACCGAAAUCCAAUGUAUAGUCAAUAGUGAUCCUAAUCUGAAAGAAUUUGAUCUAGUCAUCCAACCAGAAAGUCAAAAUAAAUCUCCAGUGAUAUAUAUAGACCAUUGUUUAGGUCUAGAGUCGUGGUGUGUACGCCAUGUGUAUGAAUAUGUCUACCAAAAACUUGUUUCUGUAAGAAAACGAUUAAAAAGACAAGUGUGCAACGAAACAAUAACAUUGCUAACAUCUGCUCUCUUGUUAAAUCCUGAAGUCUUAACAUUUUGGAAUAUGAGACGAGAAUUAAUUCUUGAUGGAUAUUUGAAGCCAGAUGAUGAAUUACAAUUUUCAGCUGUUGUUUUGACAUUUAAACCAAAAUGUGCUGAGAUAUUCACCUACAGAAGAUGGAUAUUUUUUAACAUUUUAAAAGAUUUUAGCUGUAAUGAUAUUGUACUCAAUGAAUUGGCAGUAGGAUUAACAGCUGCCUCUGGCUAUCCAAGUAAUUACAAUGCAUGGAAUCACUGUUUUUGGUUUAUUCAAAAAUCACUUGAACACGAGAACUUUUCCUUGAUCUCUCAUCAGUGGGAAAAAACUAAAGUUUGGUGCCGUGAACAUAUAUCAGACCAUAGUUGUAUGCAAUACAGACAACGGCUGCUUAAAUGUUUAGUUGCUGAUAAAAGGUGCUUACAGCAUCUGGAGUGUUGUACAUCCAAGUCCCUUUUGCGAUUUUUUAACUCUGAUGAAAGGCAUAAACUUAUGAGGCCAUCAGAAGACUAUUUUGGUGAAGCUAUUGGUGUUGCUUUAGAUGAAUUAUAUUUUAAUGAAGAUCUGAUUGUGAUGUAUCAUAGUCAUGAAUCUCUUUGGAAUCACCGUAGGUUUUUAUGUUAUUUAUUAGUAAAUAUUUAUAAAAUUGACUGUAUUAAAGAAGCAUUAAUGAAUAAUGAAAGGAGAGUUUCUACUAAAUUAUUAAACAGUAAUGAGUUAUAUGUUAAAAAACAUGUUUUGUGGCUUCAAACAGCGUUAUGCAUUCCUAUAAAAUUACUUUAAGUUUAAUAGCUACCAUAAAUCUAUUGUGCUGAUAAAUUAAUUUAAUUAAAUACCUGUUAAAAUGUAAAAAUAAAAGGUGAAGAAAAUGUGACAAAUAAUGAGUGAGAUUUUAAUUUUAAAGUUAAUAUAGUUUGUAAUAGUAUCAGUUUAGAUAUGUUAAUGAUUAUUUUGAAUAAUUGUUGUAGUGAUUACUUAUUUUUUUGUUUUAUUUCUGUUGUCUUGGAAUAAAUUAAUAAAUAAAAUAGUCUUGUACAGAAUAAAAAUAUCAUUAUUGA